UCAGAUUUUUGUUCAACUGACGAUGAUGAUUUAUAUAACUACAUGGCAACAAAAACAGCUUAUAAUUAUGUUCGCGGUGAUGACGAGGAAAUACAAUCUAUUCCAAAUUGUCAGCCACUUCAGAUAUGGAUGUUAGCUCGACACGGAACCCGUUAUCCAACACAACAUGAAAUUAGGAAACUUAAAAAUAUACCACUUAUCAAAGAUCAGAUAAUCUAUAAUCACGAGAUAAAAAAUGGUAAAAAUAAUUUAUCAAUGAAUCAUACAUCAAAAAAUUACAUAUUUAGAAGCACUAAUCGUUCACGAACAAUUGAUAGUAUGGAUGCUUUUAUAGAGGGCUUAUUUGAAAAUAAAUUUGAUGUUGAAACAGUUGUGCCAACAGGAGAAGACACUCUACUCAAGCCAUAUAGUUAUUGUCCUCGAUGGAACGAAGCUAUUGAAACAGAUCCCAUAUAUUUUACUGAAUAUAAAAAAUUUAUAAACAGCAAAGAAUUUAUAAAUACUAUUAAUAAUGUCAAUGAAAGACUGGGCUAUCAAUCUAAUUUACCAUCAUCAAAAUUAUCAAUUGAUCCAUUGUUAGCCAUGUACAAUCUUUGCCGUUAUGAAAAAUCGUGGAUGCUUGAUAAAAUAUCACCAUGGUGUGGAGUGUUCAGCAAAGAUGAUUUAAAAGUCUUGGAAUUUUAUAACGAUCUUGAAUAUUAUUAUAAAUUUAAUCACGAUAAAAAAAUCAAUGAUUUGAUUGGAUGUUUUCCCUUGCAGGAUAUGUUUAAUAAUUUCAGGUCAUUAGAAGAAAAUGAUAACAAUGAAAAACCCAAGGGAAUUUUUUAUUUUACUCAUUCAAAAUUGAUACUUAGUUUUUUGAGUACCAUAGAUGUAACUCCAAAUCAAAAACCUCUUACUGCUGAUCAUUACAAGGAACAUUUAAAUCGAGAGUGGAAUACAUCCAUGUUAAGCCCGUUUAAUUCAAAUAUCAUUGCAGUUUUUUUCAGAUGUAAAAAACAAGAAUCACCAAACAAAGUAAUGUUUUAUUUGCAAGAAAAACCAUUGUUAUACGAGGGUUGCCAAAAUGGUCUUUGUGAUUGGGAAUAUUUGAAAGAAAAAUUUAGUGCAGUAGCCAAUGAGUGCAGCAUAGAUGCAUGUCACAUAGAAGAAAAUUAUUGA